ACAUUCCUGAGAGGAUUUCUGAGGUAUAAACCUUUACAUUUUUGAUGCAGGAUGAGGUAAAUCCCGCUCGUUCUCCACCGUCAGUCUCGGCUGUCAGCGGUGUGAGGGGAUUCGGGGCUCAGAACUGCUCUGCGUUACUUUUUCCAGAGGUUCUGACACAUGUGUUUAAAUAUAAAGCAGGGAAAAAAAAAAAAAAAAAAAGCCCCCAAACUAGUCACUCUGAUUUUGAAAAAUAAUCUUGCAUUUUAUUUAAGAUUGGAUUCCAACCACACUGGAAUAUUUAAGUUCAGUCACAGCUUUGCGGGAGGUCCCAGGACUCCGCGUUAUAUUUCUGCCCAGCUGCUUGGCUUUUCUAUUUUUGUGGCAACGCUCUUGCUCUUCUCCUAUUUAUAUACAAAAAGGCUGUAAGCAAAACCUGUUUGUUUCCCACCUUCCAGGCCAUGCCCUAAUCUGUUCUCAGACACCUUAACUGACCUCGCUUUGUUUGUUCUCCAGGGCUUAUCUGGUAAACUUCGGUAGAUCUGCAUCUUACCUUUCACUUUCUGCGCCUUUUCCAAACGCCGUCUCCUCUCUGUAUUUUGAGAGCACGUGCACUCUUCAUGCUCUGUUUCGAACAGUUUCGGUGUAGUUGUCCAAUAACUGAGGGGAAAACAGAAAUCCCCUUUGGUGUCAUUGUGAAAUGCUGCAGUUGUCAGAUCUCCGGGCCGUACGCUCUAUUUAAACUCCACGCAAACAGAAGUGCUGGGUUUUCGAGGCUUUUAAAAUAGCUUUUAAAAAUAUGUACGCCCAUUAAUCCACUUGGACUGGGUAAGGCCGGGGUGUACUUUCCACUAGAUUCCUACACUGCUUCAUCCCACGGCUCCUGCGCUGAAGAUCCGUGUCAGGACAGCGAUGUCCUGUUUCCUCCUUGGAGACAGCAUGGCUUCGCCCAGCCAAAUUAAAACAAGUGUUACUAAAUUUAAGCCUCAAGCUGAACUUCGGGUUCGUAGAGGACCAGCUACAUAUCAUGGCUGUCGCAGCUGUCUCCCUUCCACUGUGUUUUCAGCUGGUUCAGAUGCCUUUGAGGAUGGAAGAGGCUGAGCAGUCGGAGUUUCAGCAUAUGCUGAUUCACUUACUGCUAUUUAAGGCCACUGUUAGUAUUGCUGACAUAACGUUUUAGCAUUCUCUCUUUUGACUCCCUGUUACUGGCUUGCUGAGCAGAUUUUGGUGUCUGAAACACUGCAUGAAGGACUCUGGAGCAGUUUAAGGUGAUGAAACAAUCUGACGGAAUUGAUGUUCUUGAGACACUUCCUUGAAGACGUACAGAGGUGGAUGAAAAUGGCUAGAGGAAUAAAAAAAAAAAAGGCAAUAAAAGGUUGUGGGAGGGGACCAUAAUGUAUUACCAAAUAGUAACACUGUUUUAAUAUAUAGUUACAUUUUCAAAGGGCAUUUCCAAACUAGUACAGGAGCAGGGAAGAAUCCUCAACUAAAGAUUUAAGAAUCACUGUUCUAUUUUUACAGGUUAUCUUAUGAAUGAAAGAGCUGAACAGAUUGUUCAUGAAUUCUAGAGGGCACCUAGGUUGAAGCAAUGGAGAGAAUGGUACUAGUAUGCAUUUUAUUUUUAGACUGUAAAAAGACACUGAUUUCAAAGGGAAAAAAUGUUCUUUCUGAUUGCAGUGAGUAGCAGCAAAUACAGGAGAGAAACUCUUAGCCAAUUCUUAAACUUCUAAUGACAUGGUUUAUAUGAAACCUUACGGGGGGGCUGCAAGCUCCGAGCAUACAUAGCACUUCUUGACAGUAUCUGGUACUUGUUCAGGCUCCACAGAAUAUACAUUUUUAAGUUUUGUUUUACAAGCACUUUUCUUUGACGUGUUUUGAUGGAGAACAUGCACCACCAGCCUCUUUCUUGGAGGGUCUUGAAGUUUCAGUUUAUUUGCUGAAUCCGCCUUCUCAUGUCGAAUUUGCUUCACAGGAGCCGUGGAGAUGUCUCGUAAGAGCCCUUUUGCCUCCUGGCUCUGUGCUAUGCUCCACUGCUUCGGAAGUUACAUACUUGCUGAUCUCUUACUUGGAGAAUCACCUAUUGAUUACUUCAGCAAUAACUCCAGUGUCAUCCUGGCCACCGCCGUCUGGUAUUUGAUAUUCUUCUGUCCCAUGAACCUCUUCUACAAGUGUGUUAGCUUUCUGCCCAUGAAGCUCAUCUUUGUGGCAAUGAAGGAGGUGGUCAGAGUUCGCAAAAUUGCAGCUGGGGUCCACCAUGCUCAUCACCGUUACCACCACGGGUGGUUCAUCAUGAUGGCUACUGGCUGGGUCAAAGGUUCUGGUGUUGCCUUGUUGUCUAACUUUGAGCAACUGCUGCGUGGGGUCUGGAAGCCAGAAACAAACGAAGUUCUUCGUAUGUCCUUCCCUACAAAGGCUAGUCUGUACGGCACAAUCCUCUUCACUCUGCAACAAACUCAUUGGCUCCCUAUCUCCGAAGCCAACCUCAUCUUCUUUUUCACCAUGUUCAUGAUAGUUUGCAAGGUUUUCAUGACAGCAACUCACUCUCAUGCCUCACCUUUUGCUCCAGUGGAAAACUGCAUCUGCCCAGUUUUCUUUGGCUCGGUUUCCAGUGGACACAGUAGCCACCAUCAUGAUCAGCACGGGGCCUCCCACGAGGUUUCCCACCCUCCACCUCCUCCUGCAAAGUCAAAAGAGGAGCUAAAUGAAGGCACAAGGAAACGGAAAGCAAAAAAAGCUGAAUAAAAAAGCAACCACACAGUAAAUAGGCCAAGAAGAUUCUUCCAGAGCUGAGUCUCAAAAGCCACCUGUGACCUCCUUUAUCCUCCAGUCCUUCUCUCAGACUCCAGAGGAGAGGUGGAAGCCAGGACACUGCCCAACGGGUCCCUGAAUUUCAUUUGUGCUCUCUGUGCUGCUGCUUGGUCUCUGUCUCUCUAUUCUGAUCAUAUUUUCA